UGUGAUAACACAAUUUGGAAUUUCAAGUUUUUAUGGAUGUUUUUCAUACGCAUGCUGCGAUUAGGCUUUCUUUAUGUCAAUAAAAGAUACUUUUAACAGUGAAGCUAAUGCGCGACGCAUUGCCAUGGUGGAGAGCUGCUUCGGCAGUUCGGGACAGCCACUGGCAGUACCAGGGAGAGUCCUAGUAGGAGAAGGAGUCCUCACAAAGAUGUGUCGCAAAAAACCGAAAGCUCGACAGUUUUUCCUGUUUAAUGACAUACUUGUUUAUGGCAACAUCGUCAUUAACAAGAAAAAGUAUAAUAAGCAGCACAUCAUACCGCUUGAAGAAGUGAAACUGGAAUCACUUGAAGAUGAUGGACAAUUCAGAAAUGGGUGGCUAAUUCGCACAGCAUCUAAAUCUUUUGCGGUGUACGCUGCGACAUCGACAGAGAAACAGGAAUGGAUGGCACAUAUCAACAAGUGUAUUGAAGAUUUGCUGCGGAAAAGUGGUAAAAAGGCGGUAGAAGUUCAUGCUGCUGUCUGGGUACCUGAUUCUGAGGCUGCUGUCUGCAUGCACUGUAAAAAAACUCAGUUUACUGUGCUGAAUCGACGGCACCAUUGUCGAAAGUGCGGGGCAGUUGUGUGUGGUCCUUGUUCUAACAAAAGAUUUCUUUUGCCAAACCAGUCAUCAAAACCUCUUAGAGUGUGCUUGAAUUGUUACGACACAUUAUCACGUGCAAAAACUAGACCGCCAAACAGUACAGUUUCAUCACCUGAUGGUUCAUUCACAAAAGUUCGUGUCUGGCUUCGUAUCGUCAAGUAGGAGGAAUAUAGGAGAGAUUUAAUAAAUAUAUAUAAA